ACCAAACACAAACAAUAUAGUAUCUAACAUAAAGCAUGGCACGGGAGAACCCUCUUGUUAUUGGGGGUGUGAUUGGGGAUGUUCUCAAUCCUUUUACAAUCUCCGUUUCUUUUACUAUUUCAAUCAAUAAUAGGGCGAUUAGCAAUGGCUUGGAACUGAGGCCCUCUCAAGUUGUUAAUCGCCCUAGAGUCACUGUUGGUGGUGAAGACCUAAGGACCUUCUACACACUGGUUAUGGUGGAUGCAGAUGCACCUAGCCCUAGCAACCCUGUCUUGAGGGAAUACCUUCACUGGAUGGUGACAGAUAUUCCAGCUACCACAAAUGCAAGCUUUGGGAGAGAGGUUGUGUUUUAUGAGAGCCCGAACCCUUCAGCAGGGAUUCAUCGACUUGUGUUCAUAUUAUUCCAGCAACUGGGCAGAGACACUGUCAUCACCCCAGAAUGGCGCCAUAAUUUCAAUUCCAGAAACUUUGCUGAAAUUAAUAACCUUGCACCUGUUGCAGCAGCUUAUGCCAACUGCCAAAGAGAGCGUGGUUGCGGUGGAAGGAGAUAUUAACAAGUUCAAUGAAGAUUUUUUUGGAUGCCUCUACUCUAGCUUAUACUUAGAGAAAUAAAGAGAAAAGUGAGAGAAAAUAGAAUUUAAUGUCUAUGCCCUUUGAUCUGAUGAUAUAAAA